AUGUCAGCCACUCCACCCGCGACCAGCCUGCUUCUAAACCCUCCAUUUGUCAGCGCGAAUAACAAACCACCUGCCAAUCCAACUCCAACCACUCUCACUCACUCCUCCAAAUUCUCCUCCCCGUCCACCAACUUCUCCCCCUCUCCCUCACUCACUCCUCAAUCCGCUUCCUCCGAAACCACAACAACUCUCCCACCAUCCCGUCUCUCCCCUCUCCAUACCCCUCACCUCACGCCGACCUCGGGCUGCAGCUGCUACCGCGUGCGCAACGUGUACUGCUGCAAGCAGGCCCUCUGCGUCUGCCACUCGCUCUGCUUCAACGGCUCCGCGCUCCUCUCCGCCCCCACCCCUCAGCCAACCUCAGGCAGAAACAGACAGAAUCCCGGAUCUCUUCCACCCCCCUGCCUUCCGCCUCAGUACACCCUGAACCAGAUACAGCCUUCCCCUGACGGAGCGAGCAGCAGCAGCAGUGGGAUUACAGACGUGCUGUCUCCCAUCCCCUGCAGUCGCAAGGCAGAGUUCGCUGCCUAUCUCAACAUGGCUCUUACCGAAGCCCCCAUCAGAGGAGGCCUGCACGCUGCCAGUGAGGACACGUGGCGCAAGUGGGUUGGUCCGGGGGGAGGGAACAGGGACAAGGGAGGGUCGGCAGAGUGGCGGGAUGGCAGCACGCUGCUGAUACCUCUGGACGACCCCACCACCAAUGUGGCUCACUUCAUUGGUGCGAUGAGGCAGCACGGGCAGCGGGGGUGGAUCCCCUCCGUGCUGCACAUGCUGCUGCGCAUCGCCCUCGAGCCCCUCCUCAACCACACUGCUUCCUCCCAUCACAUCCCGUCGCUCCCACGAAGCCCUCAAUCUCUAGCCGAUGCGAUCUCGCCUGAAGUGUUAGUGGGAGCGUCCACUGGUGCAGCAGCAAGCACUGGUGCCAGCAGGGGUGGUUUGGAGGUGCUAGCAGGGGCGGUGGAGUUUGAGUCAGCAUUCAGCAGGGCAUCUGAUGCACAUCCCAUGUGCUUCCAUCGCCUUGUGCUGCCAGGCUACCUCAAGGCAAUCACCUUCCCAGGGGGCAUGGAGCAGGCGGACAUGUUUAAGCACCGCCUCAAGGAGGCCUUCCCCCACCCCGACCCCGACCCCUUCCGCGCUCUGGCGUCUCCAGAAAAUGCCUCUGUGGGAGAUGCGUCUGCUGGGAGCAGUUCAGCUGAUGGUACCACUGUUCGCCUGCUGUACAUCACUCGCAAUGCAUCGCUCACACGCGGCCGCCGUGUCAUGAGUGCGGAAAGCUCCAGCGCUCUGCUCAAGCUGUUUCACCAGCUCAACUUCCAGGUAGCCCAAGUGGAGUUCACGCCGCUCACCUUUGCUCACCAGCUAGCUCUGGUACAGGCAGCAGACAUCAUAGUCUCCCUGCAUGGCGCAGGCCUCACCAACCCCGCCUCGUUCGCUCGCUCCGACUCCGUUCUCCUGGAAAUUUCCCCCUACGGAGUCUUCUACAAUCUGUACUAUUUCAUGGCGGUGAAUGCCGGGGUGACCUACAUGCUGCACCAGUGCACAGCCGGACCUGCCCCCAUGCCGGCUAAAGAUGCGGAAUUUCAAGGCGUAGGUCCGUUUGCGUGUGAUCAUGACCCGGCAUGCAAGCAGUACCGGACUCAUGACCGCCGGGUGAAUCUUGGGAAGAAAGAUAUUGAAGAAUUGGGGAACCUGCUUUCAGUGGCUCGGAGACUGGUUUUGGAUCUUUUUUCCAAGCCUUUCGCCAGUCGGCCUCCUAAUCUAUCAAUCCACAUGCAGUCCAAGGACGAACCGCAGCUGUCGGAUCUCCUCCUCCCGUCAUCGCUACCAUUCAAGCGCGUGCAGCUGGAGGAGAAGUACCCGCGCGGGUCGCAGGUGCGCGGCGGGCGGCACUGGAAGCACCUGAAGCAGAUCCUGCAGCCGCACAACCUGAGCGACCUGCCGCCCGACGAAGCCAAUUACGUGACGAUCGAGGCGCCGCCAUCAAUGUACCCCGCUAAGAAGUACUGCGAUAUAACGGGGCUCGAGGCGCCCUACACGGACCCGCACAGCAAGCUGCGCUACGCCAACCCCGCCGCCUUCGCCAUCGCGCGCUCGCUCCCCCACCCGCACGCGCAGGCCUUCCUCGCGCUCAGAGGCGCGCAGACCAUCGUCAAGCCGACUGAGCGAUUCGCUGGGUCUCUCGGGCACUCUCCCUGCCACAGCCUCGCAUCUCCCUGCCGCCGCUACACUGCUGCGCGCUGGCGUGGCCUUGCUGCUCGAGCGGGUGGUGUUGCUACAAGCGGAGGAGGAGACAGCGUAGGAGAUGUGACUCUAACGGAUGUGAUAGAGUCGGGUGUGGGUGGGAUGGAAGGAGAGCGGAGGAGGGACGGGGUGGGGUAUGGUGAGGACAGGGUUGGGAGAGGGGGGGUGGGGACGGGGUCUGGUGAGAACAGGUUUGGGAACGGAAGCAGGGUGGGAAUGGAAUCUGACAUUCCCAAGGUUGUGUGGGAGCUCGAGCAGGAUACCAAAGACCUGCUGGAAUGGCCAAUCGUGUGCCGCCAAGUGGCGCGAUUCGCGGACACAGUAAUGGGGUACAGAGAGGCGGAGGAGGGGCGGCUGGCAGUGGGGCGAACGUGGGAGGAGAGCCAGGCGCUGCUGCUGCAGACGGAGGCAGCGCUGCUGCUGCCACGACGGCUGGACUUCAACGGUGCUGUGGACGUGGGAGGGUUGCUCGCACGGCUCCACCGUGCUGCUGCUGCUAGUGAUGUUGGUGAUGGUAUGGCCACGUCUUCUGGCAGUGAUAGUGAUAUGAAUCUGGCAUUCUCUGCUCCUCCUCCUCCUCUUCCUCCUUCUCCACCUCCUCCUCCUCCACCUCCUCCUCCUCCACCUCCUCCUCCUCCUCCUCCUCCUCCUCCUCCUCCUCCUCCUCCUCCUCCUCCUCCUCCUCCUCCUCCUCCUCCUCCUCCUCCUCCUCCCCCCCCCCCAACCCCCUCGCAUCUCGCCCCUCUCACGGCCCUCCUCUCCUCUGCUGCCACGUGUCCUUAUCUCCUCCAUCGCAUCCGCACCGCCAUCAACCCCCGCCUCAAGUCCCUCGCUGACUCAGCAAGCGCUGAGCUGGCAGCCAUCCGCGCCGCCAGGCGGGACAACCGGCGCCAGCUGGACGAAGCAUUACAGAGAGCAGCGCGACGUGUUGUGGAGGGAGGGGGGAUGGAUGAGGCUCAGGUGAGUAGGAGGAGAGGGAGGGGGUGCGUGGCAGUGCGAGCAGGGAAGAAGAGUGCUGUAACACCGGGAGGGGUUACCUUAGAUGUUAGUAACACCGGCGCUACACUCUUUGUGGAGCCAGUAGAGGUUAUCGAGUUGAACAAUAACGAAGCAGAGCUGAGUGGGCAGGAGGCGGAGGAGGAGAGGCGGGUGCUGAGGGAAAUGGCUGAGCAGGUGGCGGAUUGUGCGCCGUUGAUUCGAGAUCUAGCGGACAGGAUCGUUGCACUGGACCUGGCAUGUGCCCGUGCAAGGCAUGCCCUGUGGAUGGAUGCCUCUCGUCCUGUCCUCCUUCCACCCACACACCGUCUCUCCCAUGGCCAUGGGGAUAACUUCUCAGGGGUAAAUACGCCUGGGGACAGUGAUACAGGGAGAAAUACCCUUGCAGGGAGAGAAUCCUACAAAAUCGAAUCUUACGUGGUUGAGAUUCGGGGGAUACAGCACCCAGUUCUGCUGGAGAUGCAUCUUGACGCCCUCAGUGCUGCUGCUCAGAAUAGGACGAGUAAAAGCACAGGUGCAGCAGACACCAACGCAGUAGCAGCAACAGGAGGAGGAGCAGAAGCAGCAGCAGCAGCAGCAGCAGCAGCAUCACCCCAGGCGACUCCCCCGGUGCCCAUAGACCUGCUGGUGCCAGCCGGCGUGGCAGUGGUGGUCAUCUCCGGCCCCAAUGCGGGCGGCAAGACCGCCGCCCUCAAGACCCUCGGGAUUGCCGCGCUCAUGGCCAAGGCAGGGCUUUUCCUGCCCCUGGCGGGGGGUGGUCAAGGGGAGGAGGCGGGCCAGGGCACGGGGGGAAGCGGAGAGGACGGGAAGGAGGCAGGGGAAGUGGAGAGUUGGGGAGCGAGGGGAGGAGGGAGAGGAGGGAGUGGGGGCGAGAGUGGGGGAAUAGGAGAAGCGAGCAGAGCAAAGGGGCGAGUGGCGGUGGUGCCAUGGUUUGACCGCGUGGUGGCGGACAUUGGAGAUGAGCAGUCGUUGGAGCAGAGCCUCUCCACCUUCAGCGCCCACAUGCGCCAAGUCUCCCGCAUCCUCCUCGCCUCCUCGCCUUCUUCCUCUCCUUCCUCGCUCCCCUCGCUCUCCCCGCCCUCCUCGCCCUCCUCGCCCUCCUCGCCCUCCUCUCCGUCUCCUUCUUCCUCCGCCUCCUCCUCCCCUUCCUCCUCGUCUCUCGUACUCCUGGACGAGGCGGGCAGUGGCACGGACCCAUCAGAGGGAGCAGCGCUAGCAGCGGCCAUUCUAAAGCACCUGGCGGGGUGCAACGGGCUCACUCUCGCCACCACCCACUACGCCGACCUCAAGAAGCUUAAGGCGGCCGAUUCCCGAUUCGAGAACGCCAGUGUGGCGUUCGACCCGGUCUCCCUGCGCCCGUCCUUCCACAUCCUCUGGGGUCUCCCCGGCACCUCCCACGCCCUCUCCCUCGCUGCCUCGCGCGGCCUGCUUCCUUCCCUCGUGGCUAGAGCCGCCAGGCUUGCCCGUGCUGCCACUUUGGAGGCAGGAGAAGAGGAGGACAGGCAAGCGGGGAAGAGUGAGACAGACGAGUAUGCUACCCUGGGAGGGGGGAGGGGAGAGGGUGAGGAGGUGGGAAUACUGGCAUCACUCAAGCAGCAGUGGCAGCGGAACGUGGAGGAUGCGAGAGAGGCAGCCGAGGCGAGGCAACAAGCAGAGGGACUCCUGAAAGACCUUCAGGCGCACUACACCAGCAGAAGCACCUCGCAGCAGGGCCAGCAGGAGCAGCCUCUGCAUGUGAGAGAGGUGCUGUGGAAGAGAAGGUAUCAGAGGGACGUUCAGGAGGAGGUUUUGGCAGCGAGGGAGGAGAUUUCCCGCAUUGUUGCCGCUUUCCAGGAAGCUUCCCUUGCUGGUGUCCCGGAGCGGGCGGCGACAGACCAGGCCUGUGCUGACGUGGCAGCGGUGGCUGCUUUGACUGGCCUCUCUCCCGAGGCUGAUUCUGCUUUCGGUUCGGAUGCUUCAGUUGGUUCCUUGGGGGGGGAUUUGGGAGGGGCUGACUGGGUUCCUGUUCUGGGAGAGCCUGUGUAUGUGAGGAGGUUCGGCACCAGUAUGCGUGGUACGGUGGUGGCAGUGGGCGGUGGUUCGGGAGAGGCCUCGGCAGAAACAGCAGCUGCUCGGUCUGUGAUGGUUCAACUGGGAAAUCUGCGAUUGCAAGUGCAGAGAGCAGACCUCCUUCCCGCCGCCGAUGGCGGUGGUGAUGGUGGACAGAGCAGGACAGAUGGAGAGGCAGGAAGGAGGGGGGGAACAGGAAGACUGUUUGGCAGUCAAUGGGAGCAAGAUGACGACAGCAACAGCAACACCAACACAAAUAAGUCUCGUGUCUCCAAGCGUGGCGGUCAGUUCCCCUCCCCGUCCUCCUCCUCUUCCUCCCCUCUGCCAGCAGUGAGAGAGGCAGCGGUACAGACAGCGCGAAACACAGUGGAUGUGAGGGGGCGGAGUGCAGAGGAUGCAUUAGCAGCGGUGGACCUAGCAGUGCAGUCCAGCCCGCCUGGUGCUGUGCUCUUCAUUGUGCAUGGGCUUGGCACGGGCGUGCUUCGGGCAGCUGUGCUGAAAUAUCUUUCGGGCAGCCCGCUGGUUUCGCGGCACGAGCCGGAAAGCAGGUUGAAUAUUGGGUGUACUAUUGUUUACAUUGGGUGA